AUGGAGUUCCGACGUCGAGCUCUCCUCCUCUGCAUCAUGGUUUUGACGUUAAUGGCGAAAUCCAAUGCUGGGAAAAUGGCUAUUUAUUGGGGUCAAAAUGGAAAUGAAGGCACUUUGGCUGACACUUGCGCCACCGGAAACUACCAGAUUGUGAUCCUUGCUUUUCUCUCCGUCUUCGGCAACGGCCAGUCGCCGCAGAUCAACCUCGCCGGCCACUGCGAUCCGUUUAGUAAUGGAUGCACUAAAUUGAGCUCCGACGUCAAGUCCUGCCAAGCUAGAGGCAUCAAGGUUAUUCUUUCCAUUGGAGGCGGUGUGGGAAGCUACUUCCUCUCAUCACCCGAUGACGCCAAAAAAGUUGCAGACUACCUAUGGAACAACUAUUUAGGCGGACAUUCCCCGUCUUCGCCUCGUCCCCUCGGCAAUGUCGUGCUCGACGGUGUCGACUUCGACAUCGAAGGCGGGACAAACAAGCAUUGGGACGAGCUCGCAAGGGCUCUUUUGGACUUCGGCAACCGAAACGGCAAGAAGGUAUUCAUCACGGCUGCUCCACAGUGCCCGUUCCCCGACGCCUGGCUCGGCGACGCCCUUUCCACAGGUCUUUUCGACUUCGUUUGGGUUCAAUUCUACAACAACCCACCAUGUCAAUUUUCAGGAGAUGGCACCAAUCUUUUUGAUGCUUGGAAAGUAUGGACUUCCAAAAUUCCUCAUGCACAAAUCUUCUUGGGCCUCCCCGCGGCUCCGGCGGCUGCCGGCUCUGGGUUCAUUCCGGCCGAUGCUCUCAAAUCGGUGGUGCUACCAGUCGUCAAACUCUCAUCUAAGUACGGCGGCGUUAUGCUAUGGUCGAAGUUUUACGAUGAUCAAACUGGCUAUAGCUCUUCCAUUAAACAAGCUGUUUGA